AACUCCUCCCUAAGGCAGCUUCCAUUUUCCACCAGACCCUGUAAUAGGUCCUGGUACAAGUAGCAGAACAUCCCAACCACAGUAAUCAAACCACCAUGCACUGAGUAAGACACUUCCCCCUUAGUGUUUCUGAGGGAAGUGAGGUAGGGUAGCUAAGAGGAACCCCUGCAGUGAAAGAACUAGUUAGAGAGGAAAAAGAACAGGAGUACUUGUGGCACCUUAGAGAGGCUGUUUCAUUGCAAACGCCUACAGGAGAAACCCGGACCCGGGACUCCACUAACACAAAGGACGGAUUCUCCUGGAGGCUCACCUGGAAUCGACGUCCCACCAGGCAGUGGGGAGAGGCGGAACAAUGAGGAUUUUCCCCAUUCUGGGUUGGAUGCUUUUCCCAGGCUGCUGGGCGGUGACGGGCCCCGGGGCAGUGCGCGGCCCCGCGGGCGGGUCGGUGGCUGUGCGGUGCCGGUACCGGGCGGGCUAUGAGGAUUAUCCGAAGUUCUGGUGCCGGGAAGGUUUGGUAGGAAAUUUGCGCUGUUCCGACGGGCUUCGUAUAGUCCAGACCGAUGGGUCGGAGGCGGAGGUGACGCGGGGCAGAGUCUCCAUCCGAGACGAUCGCACCCAGCGCGUGUUCACCGUGACCGUGGAGAACCUGACACCGGCAGACGCUGGCAGGUACCACUGCGGGGUAGGGAGAACUGGGCCUGAUCCCAGGGCCACUGUGGAACUCACCGUCUCCCCAGCUACUUCUUCCCCACCCCCAACAGAAAGGUCAUCAUCAGCGACAUCAUCAGCGACAGUGCAACCAGCUUCUUCUUCCCCCUCAGUAUCUACUUCCCCCUGGACAACUACUGAGGAAGGGAAAUCCAGCUUCUCCACUAACCAAGACACCAUGUCCCCUGUUUCCCAGCUCAGCAACGUCCAUUUCUUGCUCUUCCUCAUCUGGAAAGUCCCCAUCUUUCUGUGCAUCAUCUGCAUGAACAUAUGGUACAGGAAGAAUUCCAGGGAGAUGCCGGACAGACAUGCUCCUUCUUAGUUUAGGAAUGGCUUGGAACCAGCAGAAGAAAGAUUGAGCUCCCAGUUUUGUGCACAGCAGCUACUCCCACCUAGAGCUCACAUGGAUCUGUGUAAAUGAAAUCCUCUAACAGUCAGCCCUGCUGAAGGGUUCAGUGGAUCCAGCAUUACUCCAGAGUGAGGACAAAGGAGGGGAUGAGCCCCAAGGGGCACAGUUCCCAUCAGAAACAUAGAGGAAACAUAAGGUGUCAGAGCCUGAAGGAGAGACUCAUCCCCUUCCCACAGUUUGAGUUUGGCUCUUUGCAGCUGGAUUGCACUUUCUACAGCUCCUUUUCCAUCAUUCAUCUUCACCCCUCCGGUCUCUUCUACAGCAAGCUCCUGGCAACGACUCAAACAUAAUCACAGACAUGCACACAAAGAGAUUAGCCUCAGAUUGUAUCUCAAAAGUGGUCAUCUCACUUACUGCUAACCUGUAACACAAGGCACCAAUGAAAUGUGUUUUGCAAUAAAGCUUCUUCCUGGUGUUCUGCAGAGAGGCUCUCCUGAAGACAUCUGUCUGGCUCUCUGCCCCUCUGGCUGGCCAAGCCUGGGUGUAAUGUAAGAAGAAGAGGGGGAAGGGUGGACAGGAGUUCUGUCUUGGACCCAGGUUGUCCAGGGUCCGCUCUAAUCUCCGAAUUGCUCCAGCCCUCAGGAGGGUUUUUAAGUCCAGGCUUCCUUUGGGGUUGUUUCGUUCCAUGACCUCUGUUCCUGGUGUUCUUUGUACCAGUCCAAACCGGCUUUCUGUGGUCUCAACUUUCCCAAAACACACCAGCUCUAGGGACAUGCAGCUCUGCUUCCCCACCCCUCGUUGUCUCACCUGUAUUUUCAUCGCUGCAGCCCUAGUUCAGUUUACGGUUUCUUUUCUCAUGGCUGUCUGUGGCUGAGUGAGAGAUAAGCACUGAAGAUUUCUCAUCUGGAGCCGUGGCCUUGGACUGGAGCCAGCAUAGCAUCUUAUCAUCGGACACAGUGAACUAGCUACAGUGUUGAGUUAGUCCAUUCUCUGUUCUCUUCCUUCUUCCCCCUCUGGCCUCUCGUGACCUGCAAAAGAAUCUUCCAUUCCACACUCACUCACACCUUUGACCCUCCUCCGAAAUGCCUUGCGAUGCUUGCAACCGCGUUAGCAACAUACAAUGCUGAUCUGCCUCCCCAUGGGGAGGUAGUCCUUGGGCGUGUGACACAGGAGGGGUGCGUGGUGCAGGCUGGGGGCUUACGGCAGGGAGUUGAGGGGUGGGGCGCAGGAGGGGUUUGGGCUCUGGC